UGCUUCUCCGCCAUUUCUUUUCUGUACGGAUCCGGUCAGUGCUCCGAGUUGUGUCCAAGGAAAAAAAGUUCCAUUUCGCGUUGCCCUUCUCUCGGAUUGUGGAAAGGCCGCUCCUUUCGGAGAUUUGCGCGUGCUUCUCGUCGAGAUUAGUCGAACCGUGUUCGGAUCGAGCAGUUCGGUGGGGACAAUUUUGAGGCCGAGAAGAGGUCGGAUCGGGAGUUCUUGGCGUCCGGGUGCGGAAAGGGGACAGAUUUCGGAGGCUUUCUGCUGCCACGCGCGUUGGGGAGGCGGAGAUGGUGGCCGGGGCGGAGGUGAUGCAUCAGGUCGUGCCACUGCUGGAGGCGCCGUUCCACCGGUGCGUCGUCAAGAGCGUGGAGGUCGUCGAGGAGGUGGUCGGGGUGGCGCCCACGCUGGUGCAGCCUGCGGCGUCGCCGAAGGCGGUUGUGGAGGUCGCCGUCGAGGUGCCCGAUUUGGUGUUCAAGAGAUCUUCUAAUGCUGGGGGUAGUGUAUCUGCGGAAUCACUGCAAUUUGUCCCUAGCAUUCGAUCUGGUAGCUUUGCUGAUAUUGGACCUAGGCAAUACAUGGAAGAUGAACAUAUCCGAAUUGAUGAUCUUUCUGGUCAUCUUGGCUCACUGUUGAUGUGCACUGUGCCUAGUGCCUUCUAUGGGGUGUUUGAUGGGCAUGGGGGUUCCGAUGCAGCUGCAUACAUGAAAAAGCAUGCAAUGAGGCUGUUCUUUGCAGAUGAUGAAUUCCCACAAACAUCACAAGAAGAUGGUGCUUUUGCUGAAUCUGUUGAGGAUUCAAUCCGCAAAGCUUUCUUGCGGGCUGACCUUGCUCUGGCUGAUGACUCGGUCAUCAACCGUUCUGCUGGAACCACAGCGCUGACAGCAUUGGUCCUUGGGAGGCAGCUAUUGGUUGCGAAUGCUGGGGAUUGCCGUGCAGUCCUGUGUAGGAAAGGCGUAGCAGUGGAGAUGUCUCGGGAUCACAGACCAACCUAUGAUGCAGAGCGUCAAAGGGUUGUCGAAUCUGGUGGAUACAUUGAAGAUGGUUACCUCAACGGAGUGCUCUCUGUGACCCGGGCUUUAGGGGAUUGGGACAUGAAAAUGCCUCAAGGCUUGUCGUCACCUCUUAUUGCUGAGCCAGAGAUCCUCUGGACCACCCUCACCGAGGACGACGAAUUCCUCAUCAUAGGCUGCGACGGGAUAUGGGAUGUGAUGACCAGUCAGCAUGCGGUCAGCACUGUCCGCAAGGGACUCCGGCGUCACGACGACCCAGAGAGGUGCGCACGGGAGCUCGCCAUGGAGGCGAAGAGGCUCGAAACCUUUGACAACCUCACGGUAAUCGUGGUCUGCUUUGUGUCUGAGCUUGGCGGCAGUUCGGCGCCUCUAGAGCAGGCGCCGGCUGGGGGCAGGAUAAGGUGCUGCAAGAGCCUGUCUCCGGAAGCCCUUUGCAACCUGAGGAGAUGGCUGGAAUCUGACCAUUAGAUGCAUGCUGUAGAGGCCUAUGUGUUACGGCCGUGCUUACACGGCCAGCAAUUUUGGUAGUGAGUUUCUGGCCGCCGCCGCCGCCGCCACUGCUGCUUUUGCUUACACCAUUUUGGCUGUACAUACCAUUGUAUUUUUUAUCUUGCUGUUGCUCGGCUCGGCGGCUCGCCGGAGAGGUUUUAUUUUGAUAACUA